AUGGACGCGCCCGGCAUCCAAGCCCCUCCGGCUCUGGGGCCGCCGCCCCCGCCGGCAUACGCCUCCGAGCGGGACCCCGACAAGGCCGACGGCAGGCCCGCCCUGUCCCGGCACAGCAUCCGUGCCUCGCUGUCGAGCGGCUCCAGGCUCGACUCGACCCAUCGCUCGCUCAAGGCCCGCCACGUGCAGCUGAUUGGAAUUGGCGGAACCAUUGGCACCGUCCUCUAUGUCCAAAUCGGCAAGGCCCUCCUCGCCGGCGGCCCCGGCAGCCUGUUCCUCGCCUUUGCCUUUUGGUGCACCUUCAUCCUCGCCAUCACCUUUUGCAUGGCCGAGAUGGUCACCUACCUGCCCAUCUCGUCGCCCUUUAUCCGCUUCGCUGGCCGCUACGUCGACGAGGCCUUUGGCUUCGCCGCCGGCUGGAACUUCUUCGUCUUCGAGGCCGCCCUCGUCCCCUUCGAGGUCGUCGCCUGCAACCUCAUCAUCCGCUACUGGACCGACGCCAUCCCCACCGCCGCCGUCAUCGUCGCCAUCGUCGUCCUCUACGCUGUCAUCAACCUCCUCGCCGUCCACUGGUACGGCGAGACCGAGUUCUGGGCCGCCGUCGGAAAGGUCCUGCUUGCUGUCGGCCUCAUCAUCUUCACCGUCAUCGUCAUGCUCGGCGGCAACCCGGCCGGCGACCGCUUCGGCUUCCGCUUCUGGAAGGACCCCGGCGCCUUUGCCGAGCUGUACUACGACGGCGGGCUCGGCAAGUGGCUCGGCUUCCUCCAGUGUCUCAUCCAGGCCGCCUUCACCAUUGCCGGCCCCGACUACGUCUCCAUGGCCGCCGGCGAGGCCGAGAACCCGCGCUCCGUCAUGCCGCGCGCCUACAACGCCGUCUUCUAUCGCCUCACAGCCUUCUUCAUCCUCGGCUCCUUGUGCGUGGGCAUCCUCGUCCCCUACAACGACCCGGAGCUCGUGUCUGCCUUCAAGGACGCUGCUCCUGGCGCCGCAGCCUCGCCCUACGUCGUCGCCAUGAACCGCCUCGGCAUCCGCGUCCUCCCCCACAUUGUAAACGCCACGGUCCUCACCGCCGCCUUCUCCGCCGGCAACUCGUACGUCUACUGCGCCUCGCGCUCGCUCUACGGCCUGGCCCUCGAGGGCAAGGCCCCCAAGCUCCUGACGCGCUGCACCAAGAAAGGCGUCCCCGUCUACUGCGUCGUCUUUGUCCUCUUGUUUGCCCUCGUGGCCUUUCUCCAGAUCGAGUCCAGCGCCGCCGUCGUCCUCAGCUGGCUCGUCUCCCUCGUCACCGCGUCCCAGCUCAUCAACUACGCCGUCGUCUGCGCCACCUACCUCUGCUUCUACCGCGCCCUCAAGGCCCAGGGUCUCAGCCGCGACGCCCUGCCCUACAAGGCGCGCUUCAUGCCCUAUGCUGCUUGGUACGGCCUCGUCGGCACCCUGACCAUGGCCUUUGCGGGCGGUUACACGGUGUUCCUGCCGCUUCCGGGCUUCUGGAAGGUUCCCGAUUUCCUCUUCUCGUACACCAUGAUCCCCAUGUUCCCCAUACUGUACUUCUCCUGGAAGGUAAUCCACAAAACGCGGAUUUACAAGCCCAUCGAGGUGGACCUGGUUAGAGACUUAGCUGCCAUUGAAGACUAUGAGCAGCAUUACAUACCCCAGCCGCCCAAGCACGUUUUCGAAAAGACGCUGGACACACUGUUCGGAUAG